AUGUCUGGCCUCUUGGGGAAGUAUGCGACCCUUGUCAGCCGCUACCCCUACAGCGGUAACAUGCUGCAGUCGGCGAUCCUCUUUGCGACUGGCGACGUGAUUGCCCAGCAGGGUAUUGAGAAGAAGGGCUGGAAGAAUCACGACUAUGCUCGUACUGGCCGCAUCGUCAUCUGGGGAGGAGGAUGCUUUGCGCCAUUCGCAACCACCUGGUUCCGCUUUCUCCAGAACCUGCCCAUCAAGAGCAAGAUCCCAGCCACCAUCACCCGCGUCGCGCUCGACCAGACUGUCGCCGCACCAAUUGUCCUGUCUACCUUCUUCACGGUGAUGACCUUGCUGGAGGGCAAGGACAUGAACGCCGUCAAGGACAAGUGGCAAUCUACGUUCUGGCCGACACUCAAGUCCAACUGGAUGCUGUUUGUGCCAUUCCAGGCCGUCAACAUGAUUAUCCCGCCCGCGUACCGUGUGCUUGCGAUUAACGCUGUCAACAUUCCGUGGAACGCGUACCUGUCGCUGCAGAACGCCAAGGCGGACCGUAUCGAGGAGCAGCACCACGCCGCUGAGAUGGGCAUCAAGAUGAGUUAG